GUGCAAACUUGAGCGUAAUAGUUUAAAACUGCGUCUACUGUGCUGUUGUACUACGUACGGUACAAGGAACGUCCCUGAGCACCAGUUACAACCAAGUUGGACCAACAAUACUGAACUGACGCUGACUGCCUAUACGUACCGGUGCAUUUCCUCUUCUUAAUUACCCACUGGCCACUAGAGUAGUCUGUCCAGUGUUCCCAGCCACAGGAAAAGCAUGGAUACGCCUGUCGCCUCUGUCGGAUCAUCGGAAGCUCAUCCUCGACUUAACAACAGUAUGGAUAUUUCCGCAACUUCGUCGUCGGCUGGAUCAUCACUUCCGGUCACUACGCCCGGCUUAACCGUUUAUCGAGCAUCCUUGGUCGAAGCCCGCCCACAUGAGCGGCACACACCGGUGACUGCCUUAAACUUCGACAAAGCCUUGAUGCUCAAAACGCCAAAACAGUACCGCUCUGACAAGAUCGCCAUGUCCACUGCCGCAGUUGCUGAAGUCUUGGACGAAGAGUUCCAGACGUUGAUGGUUGAGCUGCGCAAAACAGCCGAACGUGUGCUACGCGAAGAUGAGUGGAAAUUUCGUUCGUCGGAUGACAUAUUGGGAUUCAAAGAUAACUUUUGAUCUAAUAAUCUGACUGCUACUUAAAAGUGUGCCAAAGUAUUAUACCGCCAAAUGACCAUAUGAAUAUCAUCGUGAUUUGUGGUGCUACCGGUUUUCCAGAUUUACUUCUCAGUUUUGGUCUGUCGCAAAGUUGUACGGUUUCUCGUUAUAGAAAAAAUAUGAUUAACAUGCUGUUUUCAUAUGGUAUUUUUCGAUUUUUAUUUAUUUUAAAUUUUGACUUGGGUGGAUUUUAGGAAUGCGCCAGAGUAAAAUCGCAAGGCAGA